AUGAGAUUUAAUAAUGGACAAAAAUUAACAAUAAGUUUUUUAGAAAAAAAUGAUCUUAAACAUGGAGAAUUAAUUUUAGAAACAGGAGAAAAUAUUAAAAAAUAUGUCGAACAUAUAGCAUGGAACAAAGAUUCAACAAUUCUUGCUCUUGUUCUUCGUCAAGAGAAUGAUUCAUAUCUUCAAUUAUGGUCAUCAAGUAAUUAUCAUUGGUAUUUAAAACAAUCAUUUUCAUUUUCAUCAAUUAAUAUUCAAACACUUCUAUGGAAUAUUGAUAUCAAUAAUAAACUUCAUUUUAUAACUAAUAAUGGUCAAUAUCAUUCAAUGUCUUGGUCAUGGAUAAGUCAAGUUAGUUAUACAAAUACUCGUUCACUUGUUUUUCUUAUUGAUGGUUGUCAUUUAUUUAUAUC